AAUUAAAAUCCCCACUCCUUCCUCUUACAUCGCCCAACUUCGCUCUCUCUCAAUCCCCUAGGGUUUCUUUCAACAAUGGCAGACGAAUCUACAUACUCGACAGCCACAGACACCACACCACCAUCGUCCAAUAAACGCAAAUUCGAUGACCAAUCAGCACCGCCUCCCUCAACUCGGAGGCAAACAGGAUUCUCAUCUCCGAUUUCCGAUCCCGCUCCACCACCAUCUUACAACAGCGUGCCGCCCCCUGUUGACGAGAUCCAGAUGGCCAAACAGAAAGCUCAGGAGAUCGCCGCUCGUAUAAUGAGUGGUGCCGGUGCUGAUAUUAAGCGACCUAGGGCUGAAAACGGUGCGAGUGGGUUUGACUCUGUUGAGAGUAAUAAGGGAUUUAGCUCUGCUCCUCCAGAUAUGAAGUCUACCAUAUCAAACUCAGCCCCUUCGUCAAUUCCGGCUUCAUAUGGCUCAUACCCGGGUGGUUCUGGUUUGAGUAAAAAAAUUGAUGUUCCACAAGGCAGGGUUGGUGUUAUCAUUGGAAAAGGUGGAGAGACUAUCAAAUAUCUUCAGCUUCAGUCUGGAGCAAAAAUUCAGGUCACUCGAGACAUGGAUGCUGAUCCCAACUCCCCAUAUAGGAUUGUUGAGCUUAUGGGUACACCUGAACAAAUUGCCAAGGCAGAACAGUUGAUUAAUGAUGUCCUUGCAGAGGCUGAUGCAGGGGGUUCUGGUACAAUUUCCCGAAGGUAUGCAGGACAAGGUGGUUCUGAACAUUUUUCAAUGAAGAUUCCCAAUAACAAGGUUGGUCUGGUCAUUGGCAAAGGUGGUGAUUCUAUUAAGAACAUGCAAGCUAGGUCUGGAGCCCGUAUUCAGGUUAUACCUUUGCAUCUGCCCCCAGGUGAUACAUCUACAGAAAGGACAGUUCACAUAGAGGGGACAAGUGAACAAGUUGAGGCUGCAAAACAGUUGGUUAAUGAAGUCACCAGUGAGAAUCGAAUGAGGAAUCCAAACAUGGGUGGAGGUUAUCCUCAGCAAGGAUAUCAAGCACGACCACCUACAAGUUGGGGUCCAUCGUCUGGUCCACCAAUGCAACAAGCUGGUUAUGGCUACAUGCAGGCUGGAGCAUACCCUGGUGCAUCAGCACAGUAUAAUACGUCUCAGCCAGCUUAUCCAGGCUAUCCUCCACAACAACCAUCUGGUGGAUACCCCCCUAACUGGGACCAGUCAUCUGUCUCGGCAAAUCAGCAAAAUCAGGGUUAUGAUUACUAUAGUCAGCCACCUACAUCCCAGCAGCAAACUUCUGGUGGUGCUGCAGCUCCAGCAGAUGGCACUGGUUAUAAUUACAGUCAGGCACCAGCUUCUGGCUAUAACCAACAAGGGCAGGGUUAUAGCCAAGAUGGCUAUGGUGGGUAUCAGCAGCCUGGGUAUGGUCAGCCACCACCUUACGAUCAACAGCAAGGUUAUACUUCUGCUCCUAGCUACAGCAAUGUGGCCAACCCAGCUCAAGAAGGACAUGCUCCUUCAUAUGGAGCUCAAGGAGAUUCAGCUCAAGGGUCAUCUCAGCCAUCUGCAAUGGGGCAGCAAGGUUAUUCUACUGGCCAGCAGCCUAGCCCAAACCCAGCAAGUUAUCCACCUCAGGGAGCUGCUCAGCCUGGUUAUGGGUUGCCCCCAUCUUCCCAAUCUGGCUAUGGGAGUCAACCAGCUGCACAAUAUGGGAGCUAUGGAGCACCUCAAUCACAGAAACCUCCAGCCAAUCCACCUGUUUAUGGGCAGAGCCAACAGUCACCCACCACCCCUGGAAGCUAUGGCCAGCCUACUGGACAGCCAGGAUAUCCACACUCCCAGCCACUUCCAUCUGGCUAUGCGCAACCAGAUUCAGGUUCCCAGAGUGCUCCACCAUCGAGUUAUGGUGCCGCAGGUGCUCAGCCAGGGUAUGCUCCUCCCUAUGGUGUCCCACCAGCUGGCCAACCAGGUUAUGGACAGGGGCCUCCCCCCUACAGCGGCACCUCUUAUGGUAGUGGUUACUCUCAGCCUGCUGCAUAUUCUGCUGACAGCAACGCAACUAACAAUGGUCGUGGGACAUAUGAAUCAGCACCAGCAUCACAGACCGCCCAACAGAGUGGAGUUGCUAAAGCAUCACCUCAAAGUUGAGUUAUGUUGGAGGAUCCCAUAUUGGGUGUCAAAUGGGGUUCAUGUGAUAGUGCUUUAGGUGUAGACAGGUUUUUGUAGUGCAUUAAGAUGAUGUGUUUUUCUUUAUUCUCUCGCUGUGUACUUAGCAUGUGUCAUGGAUUGCUGACUCCAGUUAUGCGAGCAAAGCUGACUGAAACUUACCGGUAGUUAUUUCCGUAAAAGUUCGAAGCAACGUUUGUCUUGUUUGUUA